AUGGCUACUUGGGGAGCCCUCCUUCAGUUUCUUAUCAUUCUGUCUUUCCCACUGUUUUCUAAAUCUCUGUGCCUUGAAGAAUCCAAUGAACUGAAAACUGAUGCUGGUGAUCUCAACCUGAGGUGCAUUGACAUUGAACGGAAUGCGCUCCUUCAGUUCAGAGAAGGCAUUAUCGAUCCUUUGGGUCAUCUUGCUUCUUGGGUUGGCAAAAAUUGUUGUGGAUGGAAGGGUGUUCACUGCAGCAACCAAACUGGCCAUGUUGCAAAGCUUGACCUUAGAGAUAAAGGUAACUGUUUCAUGAAAAGAAUUCAAUCUGCAGCGGCUUAUUACGACAACUCAUCAUGUUUGGGUGGUAAGAUAAGUUCUUCGUUGCUUGACUUGAAAUAUCUGAAAUACUUGGACCUAAGCAUGAAUGAUUUCCAAGGAAUUCCAAUCCCAGAUUUCUUGGGUUCAUUUGAGAGAAUGCGUUAUCUCAAUCUCUCUUUCGCAUCUUUUUCUGGGACUGUUCCUCCUCACCUUGGAAAUCUCUCAAAUUUGCGUUAUCUUGAUCUCUUGGCAUAUUCAAAUCCCUAUGAUGACAUUAGAAGGAGCUGGGUUUCAGAUUUAAAUUGGGUCUCUGGACUCACUUCUUUGAAAUACCUGAACCUAGGAGGCCUCAACCUUAGUUUGGAAACAAAUUGGCUGCAGGCUCUAAAUAGGCUUCCUUCCCUUUCGGAGUUGCACUUGUCCUACUGUGGACUGCAAAACAUCCCUCCCUCUCCACCAAAUUUGAAUUUCACUACCCUUUUGGUCCUUGAUCUAUCUAAUAACCAAUUUAAAUCUCUAUUCCCUCAAUGGUUGUUCAAUAUCAGUUACCUUGCGGAACUUAAACUUUCUUCUUGUUAUAUGAAACCCUCCAUUUCAAAAGCUGCUUGGGAAGAUUUGUGUCAUUUGCAGGUCUUAGAUCUUUCCUUCAAUGAAAUCAGUGGCGACAUAAGUGAUUUAAUAGGGGAUCUUUCUCGAUGCAGUAAUCAUAGCAUAGAGGAGUUAUAUUUGUUGCAUAAUCAAUUUAGUGGACAGCUGCCUGAGUCAUUAGGGUUCCUUAAAAAUUUAAGGUACCUUUCUCUGGAUGAAAACUGGAUCACAGGUCCAAUCCCAGAAUCUAUUGGAAAGUUGUCUAAUCUGAACGCAUUAGGCCUAGCCGAGAACCAGUUGAAUGGAACAAUCCCGGAAAGUGUUGGAACACUCACACAGCUAACUAUAUUAACCCUCUAUAAAAUUCUUGGGGAGGAUGUUGCUAUUUCAGACACAAUACCUCAUUGGCUCGAGAAAUUAUGUCCACAGAUUCGAAGGUUAGAUCUUUCUUAUAACCAAAUAGGUGGAAUGCUUCCCAAUUCCUUACCAUUUUCCUGGGAUACAGCAGUGAUAGUUGACUUCAGUGUCAACCGCUUAGGCGGUCAGAUCCCCCUUUGGCCUAAUGUGACACAUCUCAUUUUGGCUAACAAUUUGUUUUCAGGGUCAAUACCCACAAACAUUGGCCAAAUGAUGUCGCGACUAGAAAUUUUAGAUCUUUCUGGAAACUUUUUGAAUGGCAGCAUUCCAUUGUCUAUCAGCGAUAUGGAGUACUUACAAAGGCUAUAUCUGUCAAACAAUCUUUUGUGUGGAGAAAUCCAUGGAAAAUGGAGGAAUUUGCAAGAAAUUCGAGCCAUAGAUCUAUCGAGGAAUAAUCUAUCUGGUAAUAUUCCUAGUUCAAUAUGUUCAAUGCCUAAGCUUUUUUGGUUAAGAUUAAGCAGCAAUAGUCUUUCUGGGGAACUCUCAUCAUUAAAAAACUGCACAAGCCUGAGUGCUCUUGAUCUUGGAGACAAUGAGUUUUCAGGGAACAUACCACAAUGGAUUGGAGAGAGCUUGUUAUCACUAAUUGUGCUACGUAUCCGGGCCAACAUGUUUUAUGGAAAUAUUCCUGAAAACCUAUGUCAUCUUUAUAAUCUUCACAUCUUGGACCUAGCAGGUAACAAUUUAUCCGGAUCCAUCCCAUCAUGCCUGGGCAAUUUGAGUGGUUUGAGUUCUUGGACCCCUUACAGUCGGUAUUCACACUUAUCUUACUGGAACUACAUAUUUACACCCCAGAUGGUGCUGGUUGUAAAGGGAUUGCCAACUAUGUAUACCCUCACACUUAUUCUUGUUAGGAGUAUUGAUCUUUCGGACAACAAUCUCCGAGGAGAUAUCCCUGAAGAGAUAACACGUCUCUCAAUGUUGGGUACCUUAAAUUUAUCUCGAAACCAAUUGACAGGAAAAAUACCAGAUAGCAUAGGAGGCUUAAAACAGUUGGAAACCCUUGACCUCUCAUGCAACCAUCUUUCAGGUCCAAUUCCUCUAAGCAUGACAUCUAUGACCUCAUUGAGCAGUUUGAAUGUGUCAUAUAACAACUUGUCUGGACAAAUUCCAUCAACCAACCAAUUCCAAACGUUCAAUGAUCCAGCCAUUUAUGAGGGUAACCUUGAUCUUUGUGGGAGUCCAUUGCAAACCCCGUGCCUGACUGACAACAAAGGGAAAGUUGAAGACCGUGAUGCCAAAGAUGACAACAACGAUGAGGAUGAAACAUUACCAUUUUACAUUAGCAUGGGACUGGGAUUCGGGGUGGGAUUUUGGGCAGUAUUUGGUAGUUUGGUAAUGAAGAGGUCCUGGAGACAUGCCUACUUCAAAUUCCUGGAUAGAGUGGCGGAUUGUUUCUACAUCUACGUUAGGCUGAAUAUGGCCCGUUUACCGAGAAUGGUGAGCAAGGAGUGA